AUGACCGCCUUGGCGGAUAUUCAGAGCGUCUUAGUAGAAUUCUACGCCCAGGCGUCCAGCCCAGAGCGCCUUGCUCAAUUACAACAAUCUCUUAUUCAAUUUGAACAGGAGCCCUCGUCGUGGAUGACAGCCCUUAACUUUUUGGCAUCAUCCAAUGACCAGUAUGUGGGCAUGUUUAGUUUAGGCAUUAUUGAAUCUACGACUAAACAACGCUGGCCUCUUCUUUCUGAUGCAGACAAACAGGAGAUAAGUGGAUUUCUUGAGAAGUAUGCCUUUGCGUCUGAGUGCCAAUCUCCGAUAUCCUCUUUUACAUCUGUUCUCAAAUGUAAAGCUGUCAAAAUUUGGACUUCGAUUUGCAAAAAGACCUUUUCUGAAAUACAAUCACAGUUUCUUGAAAAACUGAUUUGUCUUCUGAGAAUGCCUCCAUCGAUCGCCUCAGAAGCGGAGCUACAGCGUUUAAGUCUUUCUCUUUCUUUGUUCAAAGCUGCUUUUGAAGAGCUGGUGCGUCCAGAUUACGAAGUAGGAAGCAACAAAACAGCAGAGAAUGUCUUCAUACUGGGACGUUCAGCGCCUCAGUUGUUUGCGGCCCUGGCUAAUGUUGUCGAAACGCUUCUCGGCCAUGAUCUCAUCGAUGCUGCAAGGGCCAUGUUCUCCACUGCUUCAGAGGGUGUCUCCGAGGCACAGAUGUAUACGUGCCUACGUCAUGUACUCUGCCUCAACACUAAUAUCCUCUUCUCCUCUACUGAUGUGGAGAAUAAAAGGCUCUCGGUGAUUCUUUUGAAAAAUUUCACCGGUUUUCUCGAAUCCCUCAAUGUUGUUCUAAGCGUUGCUUCCGGCUCCCUUACUGACCACUGCCGUCUGUAUAGUCUCUUGUAUAUCUUUGUUCUAAUGGGGUUUCCCAAGUUAAUAACGGCUAUAAUCGAAGCUUCGAGACAGCGAAAUCUAUCGCCCGCCGUUUCCGUUGAUUCACUUGCUGAAAUUGGCAUGCACAGCCUCUCCUGUUUGACUGAAUUAGUCGAACGGAAGGACUUCCCUCGUGAUGUAUUGAUCCAGCACCUCUUUCACGUAUAUCGGAUUAUCUACUGGGUCAUGUUGAUGUUAGACACCGAGUAUCCCCUGCCUGGUCUCGCUUCUUCGGUGAUCAACCUGUUGGCCGAGUCGGGCGUGAUGUUAUCGACCGCUGGCUUAGAAAGCAAUCUUGCCGAUCUCGCUGCCGUAACUCAGUCAGUGGAAUCUACCUCCGAAGAUUUUUACCAAAAAUUGGCAGACAUCCUCCGAUUGCUCGUCACAAAUUUCCUUUUCUCAAAAACUGUCGAUGACAAUUCAACGACUGAUCAGAACCCCUAUAUAUUCUCCCCUACCAAGUUCCUACAACGAGUCCAGUACUUUACUUUCUCGGUCUGCCGACCAUUGCUGUCGGUAUAUUUAUCGUCGCUUGAUUUGUGGAUCGCCUAUUUAGACUUCAUAAAGGCCAUUCAUUACGGCGAUUCGGUUUUGUCGACAGGCACACAUAAACCGGUCGAGCUCCCUCAACAAACCCAACUGAUCAUAUCAGACCUCUGCUCUUCUCUCCUCUCCACGAUCUACUUCUCAGAAUCAAGCUCCUAUCUUGAUGUUCUCGAUAACGAAGCCCCUCCAGCGCACCAAUCAGGCAGCGCCACUGACUUCAGCAAUUCGUAUGUCGCCUUUUUCGAAGACACCCUUCAACUUGCCGACUCCAGUGACCUAAUGGCUGACCAAAGUGAGUACGGUAUUUUCAUCCAGACCUCCCUCACCCUCCUCUCAUCGAUCGCCUUUUUUAAUCCCACGAACGUGCUGCACAGUGUAGCAGCCAAAUUUCAGAAGGAACUUGCCGUUUUUUCACAGCUCUGCAAUUUGGGGGACAAGGUUACGCUAGAGGAGCACACUACGCGAAAGCUGCACAGUGCGCUACGUGAUCUGGCUACCUGUUUGAGUUGCCUGACCUACCUUUCGGAGCACUUUGGCUCAUUACAGGAUACCAGCAUGCUUCGUUGGCUGCUUCAGGCCCUAGUUUUUAAUUUGGGCUCAGGUGUGUCGCUAUGUGAUCGUUUGGAAAGCCUCCGAAUGGAUACUAUCAGACAAGAUGUUGUCCAGGUUGUCGUGGAAAACAUCAAUCUUCUUCGGUGUCUCAUGUCCAGCGGACUCGUUAUUGUUUGUGAGGACUCAAAUGUCGAAAUACCACGAGGGCACGUAGUUCUCACACUGGAAGAUAAAGAUGCCUUUUCGACGGCCUUAAUACAGUGCAUCCACCACCUCCUUCUAAAGUCACCAGUCGUCUCACUUCGUCUGCACACAACCCAGUUGUUUCAGGCGCUGGUUUUAUCAGCAAACCCACCAGGCUUCCUCCCUCCUGCCGGUCUGCUGUCUGAGGGCGGUUGCUUGUUGGAACUCGUCAACUGUUGUUGCGAGACUGCACGCCUCAAAUCCUUUAGCAUACCCGUUCAGCGUCUUCUUGUGAGAAGCGUCACUGCCUACUUGCUAGUGGACGAGGUGCCUCCACCCAGUCAGUCCAAAUUCGCUCUCAAGUGCCUUGAACAGCUUCAAGCUCUGACCUCUGAAAAGGGCAGCAUUUUGGCCAACCGCCUCAUCCCCUUUUUUUCGCAGGCUCUGCGCCAAGAAACCUUGACCACCGACAGAGACGCGUACUUCGCUAGUUUGUGCUGGCUUAACGAGGCGCUGGCGUCGCUCAUGCCUCUGGGAAGCAAAAGCAGGCGGCUGAUGUACGACUCCCUGACCGCCUCUGGUCUCCUAGAUCGGAUAUGGCAGUGUUUGGAUACCACGAGUCUUUCCCCCGAAGUCCACCUUUUUGUCGCUCACCUGUCUUUCUUUGUGCAGUUUACGGACAUAUACGGGAGUCAGCGGACCACAGCGUCCCUUAUCCCCGGCUUUGUUGCCAAAGUUAUGCGACUUUUGCAUGUCCUCGAGAGCAACACUGCACCAGCGCGUUUGGUGUCGCCCAUAGUCUCGCAUUUAGUCCACUUGAUCAAUCGGCUUGUACAAAAUCGAACUGUUUUUCCGCCGAUGGCUCCUGACGUGCUGCGAUUCGUCAGCAACUGUCUCGUAGUCAACCUUGCCGGUGGGAUAAUGGCCGAUCUCCCCACCAUCGUGUCUACAGCCUCAAGAAACGAUCCUGACUUGUGUCUGCGUGUCUUCGAUACCCUUUUCCAGACCAUGUCCUUCGGCUACUCUCAGCUAACCUCUGAGGAGAAUUUGGCGACUUUUUUGCGUUCCGUGCUUGCGGUGUACUCUGGUGGGGUGUUCGAUCCCCGCCUCAUAACGGCCUGCACAGAGGCCCUGUGCGACCUGAACAUGCGUCAUCGACUCUUCGCUCUUCCGUCCUUCCUGGCCAACUGGCGUGGGCAAUUCGCUCGUAGAUUUCUCAAUCUCCUGGUUGGCGGAGGGGCUGUGCAGCAGGGUAGUGACACCGAGAUGGUCCUCGUGAAGGCGUUGCAUGCAUUUUAUUGUUCCCCUGAGGGCUUAGCGGUGCAGGAGUUCUGGGACAUGGCGGUGCAUCCCUUCCUGGUGGAAGCAGUGGCGCUACCCACGGACAAAGUGGAACUUCUCGCCAAAUCGGCUCUCACGUUCGCCCAGAAUGGCGUUGCGACUGCGAAUUUGAAGAAUUUGGAGGACUUCUCUGCCACCUUCAAUGCCCUGCUCUCUGAUGUCAAGCAGUGGUUGCGGGCCAACCCAAACGCACAUCCAAACACCAUCCCUGUGGCCUCGUUGGCUAACACCAAGAGUGCGUGA